UUUGAGAGUAUUGUGAUAGAGCUGAGAAGUGCCAGCAGCGUCAUACCGCUGUCUUUUCUGCUUGGCUUCUAUGUUACGUUUAUUGUACAAAGAUGGUGGCAGCAGUUUGUUAAUGUCCCGUGGCCAGACAGGUAAAUCGGUGAAAUCGGUAAACCCGAUGUUUUAGUGUUCGAAUCAAACUAGACUGUCAUGUCUCAAUUUGUAGUUCGCAAUUUUAGAAAUUAAUACUGAAUAGAUUCAAACCAUUAGCUUCAAAAUGCCAAAAGGAAGAUUUAAAACGCAUCCUGAGUUAUGCUUUAAAAAAAGUUAUUGUCCCUUUUUUUUUUUAAAUAACAAAUUCAUUUUUUUUUUAAACGAAGCACCCCUUUUAUGUUCUCCAAAAUAUCCUUUAAAAAAAGUUAUUGCCCAUUUUUUUUUUUAAAAUAACAAAUUCAUGUUUUUUUUUAACGAAGCACCCCUUUUAUGUUCUCCAAAAUAUCCUCCAGCCCAAGUUUUUGUUUUGUUUUUUUUUUUUAAGUUGUUUCCGCGAAGAUGGUAGGACCGAUAACUUAGUCAGUACAAAUCAAUUUAUCGGUAUUCAAAGCUGAAUUUUGGAGAACGAGAUCGAUUUCAGUAACGGCGCUUACUUUUAAGUUAAUUGGCGGAUUCAAUAAAUGUAUUUAUUUUCAAUCAUGACUUAUUUAAAUGUCUAUGUAGGAAGGUGUAUGGUAUUUUACGCGCAAACCUACUUUUUAAAUUCGAAAUGUGCACUUUUUAAUAAGAAAUUAACUUUAAAGGAUAAAUUAUAAAUAUUGUAUUUUUGUAAUUAAUAAAAUGUACAAAAACUGAAUAGAAAACUUUGAAACCGAAUUUCAUCUAGUCUCCACUGGCGAUAAAAACAUUAAUACAUUAGAAUAGAAACGAGAAUUAGCACCUUAAUGAAUGAAAUCAAAUAAGAAGCACAAACUGUGAAACAUUAUAGUGGAGCUUACGUUAAUUUUAAUAAGUAUUGCCCAUCCCCAUGCCAUACACUCAUACAGUCUUUACAGCAAUUGAUUUUGUUUUUAUUUUAUUAGAAGGCACUUGUAUUCCUCGCAAACAAUUUAACUAUGUAAAGUUUCACUAGCUAUUGUAGAAUUAGAAUGCUUUCUAACUGAUUUAAAUAGACCUAGACCUAAUUAUAGUAAUAAUUUUUUAUACUUUAUAUUAUAAUUAUAAGACUAACACAAGUAGUAGUAGUUUAGGCCUACCUAACACCAAGUUUGUUUUCUACUACAAGUAGUAUACCUAUUUCAAUUUAGUUAAUUAAAGCAAGAAUUUUUGAAAAAUUCAUUUAAAAUUUACCAAACCUGAUCAAUAUUUGUUAAUAAAAAUUAUAUUUCUUUUCAAUUAAUUAGAGUAAAUUUGUACUUAGUUACAGAAUCCACAGACACAUUUCUUUCACUACCUUAUUUAGUAUUGAAUAUGCUGCAAAGGUUUGUCUGCUGUAAAGGCUUUGAUAGAUUAUGUGUUAUGUUUAUUGUACAAGGUGGUGGCAACAGUUCAUUACACUUCUUCUGCCUGACAGGUAAGCAUGGACAAUGUUGCAGCACAACCGACUUAAUGCUAAGAGAAUGAAAAACUACUUGUUCUUGGUACCACAGCUCGGUACUGUUUUAUUUUCAUUGCUACUAAUAACUUAACCGGCACAACUACAGACUACAGUCUACAGUUAUGACAAUCCAAGCCAUGGCACUUUCCUUCCUCAUGUAGACCCGCUGUUGCAAUCAUAGAAACAAGUAUGGAUUGUCUUUGAACAAAAAUAUUAACUACAUAUAGUUACAUGAGGACUGACUUACUAUAAUGUAUCUACCGGCAUUCAAAUAUAUCAAUAGCAUAUUAGAAAUAGCCAGACAUUCUUUAAAUAUAUUUUUUUAUUGAUUAUAAUUAUAAUAUUUUCAAUGAAGUUCUUAUCCCACCAGUCAAUGUUUCAAAGUUCUAAAUUAGUUACUAGUUAAGCUAAAAGAAGUUACAAAGAAAAUAAGGUUGUUUUUGUUUUGUUUUGUGUUUCAAAUGUUGGAUUAAAUUAUGGUUGAAUUUCAUUCCCGAUGCCAUAACCAAAAUAAUUUUAAAAAGGAAGAUACAUUAGGCCCUAUGCCCUAACAAUGUAUUAUAUGACAUUUUAUGUUUUUUUUAAAUAUUACAUGCUAUGUUAUAAAUCCCUAAUACAUAAGUUAUAAGAAAAAUUGCUCUUAUUUUAGUUAUUUAUUAAAGUUUUAACGUAAAAACUUGAAGAUAGAGUAAAGUUUCCCACAAUCAGGGCUUUAAAUUUAAUUCCAGCAGUUUUAAGACAAUCUUUGAGAAAAUGAAAUAAUGCAAAAAAAGAGAAGGCAUAAUUUUUAAAUGGAUGUUCUCCAUGCAUUUGGUCUUGAAAGCAUAACUUAAAGUUUAUCCUUAAAGUUUUUUCCUUUAAUAAAUCAAUUUAUUUGUAUCUUUUUUUGUUAUAUAAAAGUACUCCAUUUUGCUGUCAUUAAAAAAUUUAAUUAUACAAUUGUAGAUAUUUAAAAAAAAUUAAUUUAAAAAAAAAUAUGUAGGCUACAGUUUUAAAUUUUAUAAUUAUGAGACCUUCUUCCUACAUAUUCAUAUCACCCAUUUGGUAUAUCAAAAAAAACAAUGAAACAAGGGCUUUAUUUUUUUUAUUUUACUUUAAUAAUCAACCUUAGUUUAAAGGUUUGAUAACAUAAUUUAACAUUGUCUAAAGUUUUCCAAACUAUGGCACCAGAUGGUCUCCAAUAAUAUUAAUGAUACAAAUAACUUGCUUUCAUUAAUCCACUGACCUGCACAGCUUCAGAAAAACAUCUAAAUAAUAAUAAUAAUAUAGCAUUAUUAUUUUAUUAAUGCAAACAGGUAUUUUUAAUGCAAUCACCAGUUUUAAUAACUUAACAAGAAUUAUUUUCAUGUUUCAAUAUUAAAAUGCACAAAAACUUUUGUUCAAAACAAAUAUUAUUUGGAAAGUAUAAAUCAUAUUUAGCCAGCUCAAAUGGACUUCAGCUUCCUGAAUUAAAAACUAAAUGACUCCUGGAUGCCCUCGGGAUCUUUUUAAUAUUCUUGUGCAUUUGCUAUGUGUUUUUACAUAUCUCAUCUAUAGAACACUUUUUGUCAUGGCUACCUAUCUCCAUGGAUAUGAUGACAAGUCAAGGAUGAUGAGAAGAUCAGUUGCAAGGUAAUGUAAAAUUAUUGGACACUAUCAUCAGAUUAAAUAUAUUUUUAUUUGACAUUGUUUUUCUAGUCUAAUUUUGGCUUCCAAAGAGUUCUUUAUAUAGCUUUUAAUAUUUAUUUUGUAUGACACUUCUUUGUUCAACUUACCAUAAAAAAAAAAGAAAUAAAUAAUUUCAAAUGAUUUAUAUAUGUAUAUUUAAUAUAUAUAAAUAGUUGUUUCCUUUAUUUAAAAAAAAAAGAAAUAUACAUUAAAUAUCAAAUUCGUGUUCCAUCAGGUAUGUUCUAUUUGGCUUAAUUCUCAUAUGUCGGGCUGUCAGUGUUUCUGUCAUGAAGAGAUUUCCAACCAUUGACCACAUUGUUGAGGCUGGUAAGAUUGUUUUCGCUUCUUUUAAAGUUAUAUGUAAUGACUGUAGGCCUACAACUAAGUAACAAUUCACUAUGGAAACAAAAGACCUUCUAACCACUAUUGCCAUUGGUUUAUUUAUAUUUUUAUAUUCUACAUUUACAAAAUUUGUUAAGUUAAGAUUUUAUUUGUCACAUAUUCUCUGCAUGACCUCCCAAUCUGAAUAAUAUCUAAUCCAUAAUAUUUAUUUUGAAAUCCUUAUGCACAACUCCUUGCUGGAAAGCAUUAAACAAUAUUAAUAGGAAAAAAUAUUGAAAAGUCACAUAGUAUAAUCAAAUAUCACCUUCAAAACAGUUAUUAUUUUUUAAUUUUUUAAUAAUUCACAGACAAAUAAGUUUCUGUAUUACUUGAAUAAGACUAGUCUUGUUCUGUAUUUAUUUGAAAAUAAUUAAGUUUGCAUGUUGUAAAAAUACAGUAGCACCAAGAAUUUAGAGUAAAAAAUGCUGUCAAAGUAAAAGAAUUAUAGGCCUACUUUAUUUAUAAGGAUAACCAUGUGCGGUGUUGUAAAGAGAAAGACAAUGUAAAGUUAGUUUAUAAAUUUUAAAAAUAUGUUGAUUUAAUUUAAGGUUUCAAUAAGUAUGAUUCGAAUUCUAAUAAAUUCUGCUUUAUAUUUAAAUAAAUAAUAAAACAUUUAAAAUAUCCCUCACUAACUAACAAAAGAAAAUAUUAUUAAUCUAAUGAUGUAAAUUUGCCAAUAAAAUAACAGUUACCUGCAGUCUAUAUCAAUUUGAGGAUUCAUAAUUUUGUGGGCAGUACGGAGUUCUGAUAUUAUUUAUAUAUGUGUAUUUUCAGUCAUUAACAGUCAAGAUUUUUCUCUGUCAAUUUGUAGUAACUUAAAAAAAAGUAUAAAUAUAAUUUCUUUUUAGAAAGUUGGUUCAAACAAGAUGAUGAUCCAUUUUUCCAGUCUACAUCACUAAAUUUAAAUGAUGACCUAUUCUAUGAUUAUAUUGCCUUGAUCUAUAAUUAUGUUGACCUCAUAUAUCAAUAUUAUUAUUUUGACUAAGUCUAUUCUUAGCUAAAGCUAAUCCAUUAUUGCAUUGAAAUUGUUUUGCCUAUUACAACCUUUAUGCUCAACCUUUUUCAGGUUUCAUCACUAAAGAAGAAGCAGAGAUGUAUGAGAAAGUUCAGUGUAGAUACUUGAAAUUCUGGGUCCCCAUAAUGUGGGCCAAUCAAGUGCUAGUCACUGCCAGGCGUGAAGGCAGAAUCCAGACAGAUUUUGGUCUCAGAAUGGUCAUUGAGGUAUAA